CCAGUCUCUCGCACAGCACACAGACUGGGAAAUAUUUGAGUUCAGCUGUCCAUUUGGUCAGGUCGGUUGGUGUGAGAAAUCGUUUCUUUGAUCACGUUUAUAUUCCAGUAGGAGACCUGCGAGUGGAAAAUUUGUAGUAUUUGUUGUGAUUCUGCGAAACAGAUCUUUCAUCGCACCGUUCAAUGUGCGCGCUACGAUUGACACGCUGCUGCAUUUGAUUGAUUCUCUGUGAUGCUGUGAUCUCUCUGCGGUUUGUUUUGGUUGUGGUUUUUAUAGUUUGCAGACUAUUAGCUUUUCUUUCGAUUGCUCAGACGGGAUAUCUUUGUUGUGUGCUGCCGAUGGGGAACACGGGAUUGAUCAUUUAUCCGUCAUCUGAUUGGAUGUGAACGAUGCCACCUGGCAAAGAACUCUGUCCUGGCUGCGAGGAACUCAGGCCUUUGUUGAGCAAAUUUCGGACCAUCCGUGAGGAGCAGCAUGCCAAACAUCCGGAUCAUUUGGAUCAGCCCUGGCUGACGGUGCGGCCCUUAUCCAAAGAGGAGGCCUUCGUUCUGAUGCGCUUCAUCAAGCACUGGCCAGCUAAUCAGAACUUUGCACACAGCCACAUUGCCUGCCUCUUCAAAUCCCAUGAAGACAUCGAAGCCCUGCACGCCAUCACCCUGGCCUUCAUCCUGCUGGGCAUCCACUACGCCGCCAGCUGCCAGGCUGGUAUCGAGCGCCGCAGCAAGGCCGAAUCAUCCUCACGGCAGUCGUCCACGGGAUCCUCCGCCGACACCCUGCCCGACAAUCCCACGCCGUCAUCCGAGCCCGACAACACCGUCCUCACCUCGGUGUCACCGCUGCCGUCCACCCCGGAAGUGGGUGUAUUACGUGAAUCCCCCGUGGAGCCGGUGCCGUCCACCUCCAAGGAAGAGCCGGACGAGACACCGGCCCGGGUCUCCGUGACGCCGACAGAGACGGAAGGGGAUGGGGACGGACGCAGGAUGGGUUGGAGAUGUUUGCCGUGGACGCCCAAGGAGUUGGAGGAGUUUAUCUGUACGUACCAUCGGGUAUUCCUGCCCACCUACGCGCUGUACGUGGCGGGGAAGUAUAUCAUGCAAAGGGAGUUACGCGAUGAGAUGCAGCGGAAAACGUCGGAAGCCGGCAAUUGUCCGCCGUACUUUCUGGAUACUUUCACGUACUGGGUGACACAAGGAGGGCUUUCAUAUUUAACCAGUUAUUUCAAUCAGGCCAAUUCGGAAAAUUCCUCGCUAACCGAAGCGAUGAUGCUGGUGUCAUCGGCGUUUCAUGUGAGAAACUUCGUGUAUUUUGAGGUGUUCCUCAGUCAAAUUGCCACGUUUCGGAUAAGUGUGAUCAACUAUUUGCUCACUCUUCCGUUGGAAGAUUUUCGUAAGCAGCAAUGCCGGCAUAUUGCCGAAAUCAUGUGGAAUCUCCGCAAGGACACGUCAUGGCCGCUGGGCACCUUCGAUCUGGACGGAUUAAAUUUGGCGCAUAAAUUCUUCAGCUGCAGUUCCCAUCUGGCGCUGCGUCUGAUCGGCAUUCAGGAAAUUAACACAUAUAUUCUUAACUUCAAUGAGCUGGUAUCCGAUCUGGAUCCGCGCAUCAUUAUUCAGUUGGGCAGCCACAUUGCCACGUGGAUUCUGGAGCGGCGCAUCGUGGAGGAGAUCUUCGGGCAGAAUGCGCACGUGGAGCUCAUCUCGCGGUCGGUGCAGAUUAUCAACUUUCUCUCGCAGCACGCCUGUUUAUCGGUGGAGCAGUUGGAUUGUAUUUGGAAUGCGGCGCAGCUGAACUACAUUAGCCGCCACGUGAUGGAAAUGCUGCCGAACAUUGUCCGUCCGUUGGAACCGACGCUGUUGAUGCACCUGUAAAAACUCUGCGAAAUGGACGCGGCCAGCCACAGUGAGCAAUCCAUCAACGUCAUAUCCAUGGUCAUUCGGACGAUCUGGAACUAUGCAAUUCAACAGAAAACGGCCUAUGCCGCGCGACAAAAUGUGGACCAUGCUCCGCGUCAAUCCACCUCCCAAGUGGGCCCCGUAAUGCAGGCACGAACCGUCCGCGAGGCUGCGGUGCUGCAUAAGUUGUACCACCGCGAUACCGGGUCCAGCUCGGAGGGCGGCAGUUCCGACACGUCGGGAUCUGGUUCGGAGGAGGCCUCCGACUCGGACGGACUGGAAUCGGACGGCGACGUGGAUGAGCACCCACCCACCCGCAUUCCGCCGAUCACCGCGCUGUGUCCUGGGAAACAGCCGCCUGUGCUGGCGCAACUACAGCUGCAGGCUAAACAGAUCAACAGCAAGCAGCUGAAACAGGCGUGCGAGGCGGUGGGCAAGGCGGUGUCCGUGCCCAUCCGCCCGGCCGGGCCCAGUGAGGAGGAGGGAUCCAGUGGAUCGGAGGAGGAUGGCGAGGAGGACGAGGUGGAGAGAUCCGGCGGAAGCGCUCGCCGUGUCCGUCGGGAGAUUCGCCCGUUAACCAAAAGAUAUAUUGGCAGGAAAAUAGUGGGCCCAGUCUCCUGGUCGGGAUCCAGUGUGGCCGUAGCGGCCAGUGUGGCCAAUUCGGCCAUUAUGGAGCAGCUGCGCGCGGCACCGGGUGUCAAGAUCCAGCCGCAUAUCAAGGAGAAAGUGGUGAUCAAAGGCAAUACGUUUAUUGCGGAUAGCAUGAACGAUAUGAGCUUUAAGACGGGCACAACGGACGACGACGUGAUGACGCAGGGCAGUGACGGCGCGGAUGCCGAGUGCAAUUCCUCCACGAGCGAUAUGUCGGAGAAGGUGCAGGAUCUCGAAGCCGAUCUCAUGGAGGCCAUGCCCGAGAGUGAGCUGGGCGACGAUGAGGAUGAUGAUUUUGAUAUGGAUCUGGAUAUGCAGUCGCCGCAUAUUGCCUCCCUUAUCAAAACUGUUUUUAGUGAGGAUUUACGGAGCAUUAAGACGUUUCAUCUGGCCAAUAACCGCCAGAUUACUUAUACACCGCGUGCCCGGGAAAUCGCCUACAACAUUGACGAAGCCGCCAAGCCGGGGAAGACCCUGCUAUGGGAUCUGCUUCAGGAGCAGAGCUGUGCGGGAGUCAGUCCGACGGUGCUCAGUCUGGCCGAAAAGGAGCUCGGGCAAAUUAUCAUCAGUUCCGGUUCGCAAUUUUUAAUUACGAAAUUUUGUGAAGCCUGUGUGACCAACUUGAGCGUGCACCUGACCGUCUGCGUCUCACUGCGCCUGCUGACACGCCUCAUCCAGGCACCGAACUCGGGCCGGCCCUUCGAUGCCGGCAACGUCAAGGGUCUGAUGGCGCAUUUCUUCAGUGAUCUGCAGGUCUUCGCUGAUAAACCGCCGCCGUGCGAGCAGGAACGCUCCGCGGAAAUCCGCAUCCGUUUAAAUUUCCUGCAGACGGUGUAUUCCAAUCCCAUCACCGAUCGCCGGUUCCGCCUGGAUAAGGACCAACUGGAUAAACUGUGGGAAUGUUUGGCCGUGAAACUGAAGUUAAUUGAUGAAUUGUCGCAGUGGCUGGGACUGGUGAGCGGGCAAGAAUUUCACGCCCUGACCGGGACCAGCUAUCAGCAGCUGUUUUAUGUCCAUCUGGGUAAACUGGAGCCGGGCCAGAUGACGGUGAAUGCUAUGCGAUUGUACAAUCAGUGCCUCGUCCAGCUCAACACCAUCCACAUUGAUAAACUGACCGAUCUGCGCGGUGAAUUCGCCGCGAAACUGUGGGGACACGCCAUGUUCGGGGAGAACGAAGUCAGCGAUCUGGCCAUCAAACAUCUCAAUUUGUACUAUCUGCAGACGAUCGUUAAUGGACAUAAAGAUCGCCGGGAGGUCUGCUGUGCGCCGAUGGGGGAAUCGGUAAUACAUUACAAGGAAGAAGAGUUGUUUCGGCGCAGCAUGGAGUAUAUUCGGGGCGCCAUGGAUAAACUGGAAACCGAUGUGGCGGCCUACACGACAAUCAUUCGCUGUAUAACGCUGAUGCGCAAACAGAUCGAAAGCUACCGACAGCGCUAUGGAUUUCAUUUGAAGUUGUGGAAUUGCGUGGGCAACACAGUGCUAAGUCACAAUGCACAGUCGCUGCCGAUGAAUGGUCCACCGAAUCGUCCGUACUUUUUCUUCCACGCCACGAUCCAUCUGCCCGAUGAGCGUCCGCACGAAACCACGUUGACCAUGUAUUCUGGGUACUAUCUUGGAGAGUUGCGAGCGGAGCUGGUGUACUAUGUGUGGCGGCAUUAUGACAAGAAUCCACCGGUGGAGAGGGAUAUCGAGGUUUUCCUGACUGAUAUUUAUACCUUCCUACGAACAAAAGGACCCUUUAGCAUUUAUUUCCGAAACGAAGAAUUGCUUCCGGAAAAGGACGACCAGACCCUAUACGAUCUCAGUUUCCGGCAGGAGAACGCCAUCCGCGUGGAGAUCGGUCCCAACCAGCGGAAAGUGCCGAAAUUCAAGGACAAACACCCCAACGGCUACCCACCGGCGCCCUGCCGCGACACCGUUCCCAUGCUGCUGGUCUCCUCGCCCGCCAACUUCGAGAUCUUCUUCCAACUGCAGGACAUGCUGAAUCUGCUGGCCCACGCCACCCAGGGCGAUCAGGAACGUGAGACCCUCCGGAAACAAGUGGCCAAGAAUCUCUGGGAUUUCCUCAUGCUGAUCCCCACCUCGUUGGCCGUGUCCGAUCAGAUCAGCAUGGAACCGCCGCAUCACCAACCCACCCCGGAGAGUUGGCGGAGGAUCUUGCCCAGUGAUGAUGCGCAUCGCUUGCUGUAUUCGCUGCAGGCGCUGGAUAAUUUUUACCGCGAUCCCAACGCGCACCGCUCGCCGGUGGUGCGGGCGGAUAUUACGCAGGUGUGGGCGGAUAAGUUCAUCCGGUUGGGCGGGUUCGCGCGGCUGUAUGAGUUGUUGUUGUCGCCGGAAGUGCAGGAGAGCGGGAGCAGUGAUAAUGUGGAUCAGCACCGCGAGUGCCUGAGUAAUCUCAUCCGGGUGGUGUUUAUGUUCUCGGUGGAAGCGGAACGGGUCAAGCGGGAAGAGGAAGAGGAGAGCAGUGGCGAGAGUGAAGAGGAGGAGGGAGAGAAUGCCGCAGUGAAGGAUGAGGUGCAGAAGAAGCGCAAGGCGACGGAAAAGAGUGUCAAAUUUUUCCUUGGCGCCGCCAAACGCUCUCGGCAGGAAGUGGUACGCGAGGGACCGCGAUUCAAACACAGCAUCCUGGAAAUUCUGGACACGGACAAAGUCCUGGACGCCCUCUACGCAUCCAAUACAACACCGUCCUUCCCGAAAGAGCAGACGGAACCGCGGCCGGUGCGGGCGGCCCGCCACGCCCGGCAGACGGUUGUGCGGCUGGCGUUCGACUUCCUCACCGGCUGGGCGUCCGGUAAUCCGGAUGUCUUUGGGGCGCUGGGACGUCGACCGUUUCUAACGGAUUGGUUACGCCGGUUGGCGCUGGAAGCGGCGGAUUCGGCGGUGACCGUGGAGACGGCCGUGUUUAUUGACAAAAUGUGCCGACAUGAGCCGGAGUACCAGUUGAGCUGUGCGCUGCUGGUGCCGUUGGUGGGGAUGAUGAGUUUGGCGGAUGGGAUCAAGUGUGUGCGGACCGCUGGCAGGGAGGAUAAGCCGCCGAUGAAACCGUCGCCGAGAUACUUCUACGAAGCAAUUUCAAAGUUAUUGGAGAUCAUUCCCAAUCCGAUUGUCGUGGAGAAAAUCGAUUUGGAUGCGCUGUGUGAGCAGUUAGCAAAUUCGCUGGAAAGUCGACCAUGUUUUGAGCCACGACUGGGAAAUUUGGAGGAUGACGGACUGAUUGGGCUGCUGCGAGUGGCCACUCAGGUGCUGUCCCAUGGUCCGCAGUUCAAGUUCCGUCCAUCUGGACUGAAGAUGUUGCUGACGAUUUUCAGCUGCCUGUUCGAACAGCCGUGUGAGAAGAAGCGGGAUCUGCCGAAAUGCAAGUCUGUGGCGGCGCGUAAUGCCGCCUAUAACUGCCUGUUUGAGAUCACUCGCAAUGCCCCGGAGAAUUUCAUCACAUUAGCCCGGCAGUUAUUAAAACAACAUUGCAGUGCGCGGCCCAUUCAACACUGGGAUUAUUGGCCACGGGAUGACAUGCGAGCGGAUUGUGGAUAUGUCGGCAUUACCAAUUUAGGUGCAACCUGUUAUAUGGCGACCACCAUGCAGCACCUGUACAUGAUCCCGGAAGCCCGCAAAGCCAUAAUCGAAGCCACCCCGGCCGAUCCCAAGAACUGGGCGGCGCUAUGUGAGAUGCAGAAGAUGUUCGCGUUUCUCCUGGAGAGCGAACGGAAGGCCUAUUCCCCGGAGGGAUUCUGUCGCAGUUACGACAUGAACAACCAGCUGUUGAAUCCCACCGAACAGAAGGAUAUGAUGGAGUUCUUCUCCGAUCUGGUGGCCAAGAUGGAGGAGAUGUCGCCAGCGCUGAAGUGCAUGGUCAAGAAGCUCUUCACAGGCACGAACUGUAAUACGGUCAUUUCGCUGGAUUGCGGACAUGUCUCGCAGACGACGGAAGAAUUCACCACCGUGCGAUGCCAGGUGAAUAAUAUGCGAAAUCUGUACGAAUCACUGAACGACGUCUGCGUCAAGGACGUCCUGGAAGGCAACAACAUGUACAAAUGCGGCCAGUGCAAUCGCGAAGUCCGCGCCGAAAAGCAGGCCUGCUUCCGCAAUCUCCCGGAGAUCCUGGUGCUGAACACGCUACGCUACACCUUCAACAUGGUGACCAUGCAGCGCGAGAAAGUCAACACGCACUUCACCUUCCCCAUCGUGCUGGACAUGGCGCAGUACAUGGAGGAAAAUCUCUUCAAGGGCGCCGACGGGAUGGGCAGUCAUCCCGAGCAGUACAAGUACGAGCUCAUCGGGGUGACGGUGCACACGGGAACGGCCGAGGGCGGCCAUUACUACAGCUUCAUCCGCGAUCUGGAGUGCGGCGAGGCCGACCACUGGCUGCUCUUCAAUGACGCCGAGGUACGGAUGUUUGAUUCGGAGCAGCUGGGCCCGGAGUGUUUCGGCGGUGAGACCAAGCAGUUCGAUAAUAAUGGUGAUCGGUAUUUGGAUUUUGGAUUGGAGAAAACAAACAGUGCUUACAUGCUGUUUUACCAGAAAGUUGACCGGGUUCGGGAGCAGUUAAAUGUCCGAGUGGCGUCUCCCUGUGUUCCCAAGGAAAUCCAGCAGUGGGUGUGGAAGGAUACCACGGAAUUCGUGCAGGAUAUCAACAUUUACGACCGGUAUUACUUUGAUUUUCUGUGGAAACUCUGCUAUGCCGCGACACCCAGCACGUUCACGCUGAAAGACCCGCAUUCCGAUCCCGUGUUGCUGACGGGACAGUUAGCCAUCAGUUUUCUCUGGGAGACGCUGAUCCGCGCUCGCGACCGCAGCCAGUUCACCAAUUUCUUUGAUUUAUCGGUGCGGCUGGCGCUGACGCAGCCGAGCGUGGUGGAGUGGUUCAUGCGGCAGAUGGUGGACGAUCAUCGGUGGCUGUUCGGGAUCCUGGUGCAGUGUCCCAUCAGCAGUCUCCGCUCGACCUUCCAGCGCUUUAUCACCAACUUAUUCCAAAAACUCCGCCCGCAGCCUCAAAUCAAUCUGAUUGAGUUCUACGCCCACGAAGUGCCGGGAUUCGCGUGGCAGUCGUUGGUGGGACGGUUCUGCCGGAAGUGUAUCGGGUAUCUCGACGAAGCCGAAGUCCGACUGCACUGGCGGAACCUGAACGAUAUGAUGCACAUGCUGGUGGAUUUUGCCAAGCUGGGAGAGCUGGAAGCGUGGUUCCUGGUGACGAACGAUCUGUUCUGCCACUGCUACCAGUUCUACACGUAUCUGCGCCAGCUGAAGGACGUCCGCACGCCGCUGAUCGGACCGCUGCCGUUGUUCCCCAUCCCCGGGAAUAUUCUGGAGAUGGCCAUGCUGGCCACGGAUGAAGGCGAUACCUCGGACCGCUUCUCACCGGAUCUGGAGAAGGACAAGCCCAAUACGCUAUCCCUCAUGACACUGCUGUUGCGCCAUUGCAUUGAAGUAUUCCAGAAAAGUGUGUUCCAGUGUAAGCUGCAGCAGAAAGAGCCGGCCAUGCACGGGCCCUUGGAGUUGGCGCUGAGCAACAUCCACAGCGACAUCGAGCAGUACAUGGGCCACCUGACGGACGCCGAGCAGUUGGACUUCCUGGCCAAUCUGAUCCGCGACGGGAUCGAUCCGGUCAAUGCGCCGCGGCUGGCGGCCUUCCUCUACCUGGAUAAACCGGAGAAGGCGCGCCGCGCCAUGCACCACUUCCUCGGCAAGGUGCACGAUCUGUCCGUGGCCACCGAGCCGGCACUGACCAAAAAAGAGCGUGAUCGGGAGCUGCAGAUCCGAACGUACCUGAACGCCGUCAUGGAGAUGAUCCGGCAUGGCGUUCAGUUGACGACCACUCUCCUGACGGGCGCCGGUGUCGAGCAGCACCCCAUGGUGCCGCAGUAUAUGGACUAUUUGUUGGAGAAGCUGCUGGAGGUGAUCCUGGUCUGUCCGCUGUUGACCUACCAGUGGCUGGGGGAGAAUAUGCGCAUGUCGGCACUGCGCCGUUGGGUGCUUGAGAAGUUGGGAUGUGUGCUGGAAUGGCACGGUGUCCCGGUGGGCAAACAGCAGACUCCGUACCGUGACGACCUGCAGAUCGAAGUGGCGCGGCUGAUUGUCAGUCUGAGUGGCGAGCAGAAGCUGCGCGAGAUCUUCUGUCCGUACCAGCAGGGCCUGAUCUUCCAGGCCGGGAAGGAUAAGUACGCCAACAUCCUGACGGCAGCCGAUAAGAUCGACCUGCGCCUGGACGCCGAGCAGCACGAGUGGCUGCGGCAGAUCAUCGAGCGGGUGCUGGACUACUUCCAAAAACUGCUGGACCAACAACCACAAGUGUUCGAGGCGAUGGCCAGUGAAUCGUACCAGUGGGUGUUGUUUGCCGUGCAGUUUCUGUUGAUGGAUGAAGCGGAGAAGAAAGAGGUGGCCGCGCGGUAUCCACUGCUGCGGACCAUGUUGAUUGGACAGUUGGUACCCGAGGUGAAGAUGGGCGGCAAUCGACAGGCGAUUAUCCAGUUGUUAGCGGCCGCCGCCCACGGGACCCCGCCCCUCGUCCGGCAGAUCGUCCAGGACGACGACCUGAUCACCCGUUUCCUUUCGGAGACGAAGACCCGCGGCAGCGACGACGUGGUGUUCUACGAGAACGAAGGCCGCUACCUGAGCGCCGUCCUCUACCUGCUGAACGUCCUGGCGCUGCACGACGGGGAUUUCGCCUCGCGGCUGGCGGAGGAUCCCCUGCUGAUCGCCAAACUGCAGACGGCGUUGAUCUUCAAAGUCCACGAUAGCUGUCGUCGGCCGCUGACGCAGCUGAUCGACACGCUGAUUAACCAGGCCCGCUAUCCCACCGGGAAACGGUCCGGUGAGCAUUUCCGCAAGAGCAUCUUCACCACCAUCUGGGAUGUGAAGAACCACUGGGGCACGCCCGGAACGGAUCUGUUUAUUAGCCCCAUUUCUAAGAGGGUCAUGGAGGGAGCCGAUGAGGAGUUUCAGAUGUUCGCCAUUGAGAACAAAGCGCUGGAACUGCUGACGACCAACUUCCGCAUCUGCUACCAGAUGUUCAACGCCAACAAACUCCUGACGUACCUGAACGAAGAGGCCAGCUGGUGUCUGGUGUCGCUGCGGAAGUACCGCGCCUUCGCGCAGCAGCACCUGGAGAGUAACGCGGCGGUGAAGGAGGCCUACCAGUGCUGGUUGAACGCCGCGAAAGUACUCCACUCCCAGACGGGGCUGGACGUGGUCAGCCUGCUGGACACCGGGGGGCUGGGGGCCCCCGAGGGAACGGCGGCCGGGGCGCUGCUGGUCCCCGGGACGGUGGGCGGGCCGCGGCCGGCCAAUCCGGUGCUGGCCAAGCGACGAUUGUAGAGGAAAACGGAUAUUGCGUUGAGAAAAUGAUCGGUGCGGUUUUGGUUGGUGUGGACGCGGUGGUGGAGAUUUAUUCUGUUGGUUGUUGUGUUGUUGGUUGCGUGGGAUGGUUGUUGGUUGGCCCGAUGGAUGGAGGGCUCUGUUGCCUUGUGUGGUUGCGCUGGUUGGUUGAAAUGGGCGGCGACUGUUGUGUUUUUUUUUGGAUGGAGGAGUAACCGGAUUCGGCUUUUUAUAUGUGUAGAAAUUAACCGGCUUUUUUAUAAUGCGUGACCAACGGAUUUAAAAUUAAAUAAUCAUUACAAACAUGGUGACAAAGUAUCUGAGACUUGGUGGGAU